AUCGGGAGAGAACGACAGCGCAGCAGAACCGCAAUGGGAAGGCGGGUGAUUUUAUCAAAUUGAUCAAAAAUCGCUGACAAGAUGUCCGACGCGAGUAGAAAACACCAAUCGAUACGUAUAUGUACUUAUUGACGUGGACACGAUACACACAGAACCUGCAGAACAACCAAAAGUAAAUACUUUUUCCAAGGGGAGGAAGUUUGUUGUGUCGAAGGAAAUAUAAUAGCCCGGUAAAGCAGGGAGAGACUGCGGAAAACUGCCAGAGCUGGGGGACAGUCAAAAUACAAACCCACCCACCCAGUCAGCCAUGGAAGAGUUUGGGUCAGCGUUGGAGAAGAAUGUGGCCGAUUUAACGGUUAUGGACGUGUAUGACAUAGCCGCGGUGGUGGGCCAGGAGUUUGAGCGGAUCAUUGAUCAGUAUGGAUGCGAGGCUCUGUCCAGGCUCAUGCCAAAAGUGGUGCGGGUGCUGGAGAUCCUGGAGGUGAUGGUCAGUAGGAACAGCAUCAGCCCGGAGACAGAGGAGUUGAGGCUGGAACUGGACAAACUACGGCUGGACCGGAUGGACCGGCUGGAGAAAGAGAAGAAACAUAAGAAGGAGCUGGAGCUGGUAGAGGAUGUAUGGAGAGGGGAGGCCCAGGACCUGUUGUCUCAGAUCGCUCAGCUUCAGGAAGAGAACAAAACACUCCUUACGAACAUGUCCAUCAAAGACCCUAUGAGUGAAGAGGACCUGCAGAGGCACGAAGGUAUGUCGGAGCGGGAGCGCCAGGUGAUGAAGAAGCUGAAGGAGGUGGUGGACAAGCAGAGAGACGAGAUCCGAGCCAAAGACCGUGAGCUAACGCUCAAGAACGAGGAUGUUGAGGCACUCCAGCAGCAGCAGUCUCGUCUGAUGAAGAUCAACCAUGACCUGCGCCACAAGAUCUCCGUGGUGGAAGCUCAGGGGAAAGCCCUCAUCGAGCAGAAGGUGGAACUGGAGGCGGGAGCUCAGGCACGGGUACAGGAAAUGGGAGCACUUCGGCAGGAAGUGACACGUUUAAGGGAGCGCCUGCAAGGAGACACGCCUCAGGGUUUAGAGGAGCCUCCUCUCCAGCCCCCUUCCCCCGCACAGGAGGCGCUAUGUGAUGAGGAGGGGGGAGGCCUGGACCAGAAGGAUCCCAACAGGCCCCGGUUCACACUGCAGGAGCUGAGAGACGUUCUGCACGAGAGAAACGAGCUCAAGGCCAAAGUGUUCAUGCUGCAGGAGGAGAUCGCCUACUACAAAAGUGAAGAGGCGGAGGACGAGACCGGCCCCCCUACUCCUUCCCCUUCUCCCGAACAACUGAGGGCGCGGCCCCGACCCAACGCACAGCCCGAGUCAGGAAUCAAACGCCUGUUUAGCUUCUUCUCUCGCGACAAGAGGCGGAACUCCCAGCGGAAUGCACAGUUUGAAGACAGCUUCAGCUCGUGGGCGGGAAAGGAUGAGGUGUACACCGAACAGGCCCAGGAGGCUUUGCAGCACAUAUAGGGCACGUUCCUCUGACCGGGCAUUGUUGACGCCUGCCAGAUCUUACAACGCAUGGAUAGGUAUUUUAAGUAUCAACUAACCACAUCACAUGUUAUAGCAAUCUGUCAGGCGAUGAAAUAGUCAAUGACGUGGCACACAACCAUUGGUUGAUGCGUGCAACGUCUUACCAGGAGAAUGUGACGUCGUAAUUGGACAGCGCUUUAUGAUGAGGUCACUCAGAAUCAUCUCACUGUAAUGCCCCGUCCAUGCCCACCAUGUGAGCUGCAGCAGCACUUAAGGGACAGGUCGAAAUUUACUGGGGUGGGGAGUUGGUCCAAAAUAGGGGAGGGUUGUCAAACAUGUUUUUUUUGCUUUGGGGAGGGUUGUCAGAUUUUUUUUAUUGGGCACAGGGGAGGGUGGUGUAUUUUUUUCCCUGGUUUACAUUCCCCAUUUAGCAGGUUUUACUAUAUAAUGUCUUCCAUAUAGUCACAUUUCCUCAUCUGUUUGCUUGCACCUCCCCUAUCAAGGUGUUUUGGUACUUCCCUUAUGCACUACACUUUUCUGCAUGAUUACUAUACAGUCAACUCUAUCCCUCUAUACAUAGUGACAAUAGUGGAUCUGCAAUAAGUUAACUGGCAAUCAUACCACAUAAUAUCAUUCAAAUCUGCACCGAUUUUCAAUAUAAAUCCACAAGAACAAAAACGAAUAGCUGAUAGGCAGUAGAGAGGCCAGGGUCAUCAUUGCGCAGGAAAGAACAGUCAAGACAUGAUAUAUGCAGCUCAAAAAGCUCUCUUAUUCAUCUUGUUUAGGCCAAACACAUUUGAUCUACUAUAUAACUGAUUCCCCUCUUCACAGUUCUAAAAAUAGUCAAACGUUUAAUAAAAUAGUUAUGGAUUUAAUUCAAAUGAAUCGAUUCUUUUAAAUGAUUAUUUUUUACUAACUGAACGAUGUGCUUCGCCAGGUCGGAAAGUUGGAAAUGAGAACUUGUUCUCAACUGGCCUACCUGGUUAAAUAAAGGUGAAAUAAAAAAUUGUACAAUAGUAGUUGGGGUUCAAUUGUGGUGAAUCGAAUCAUGGGAAUCAAAAUAAUAAUUUGAGAAUCGCAAAUAGUAAAAGGAAACAAUUUAGCUGUAACCAUCCUUUCGAAUUGUGUCGAUGCAAAACUCUUUGUUGAUACUUUAAGUUGAUUUGGACAUUCAAUUUAUGGGACGUUGCAACUCAAUAGAUGCUAGUAGUCAGCCUGAAUUACACACUUCUAAUGGGAAGACUAGAAAAUCCGCGGUGCAUUUAAAACGUUUCCCCCGCAAACCUUCCAAUUAAAUGUUGACUGCAAAAGUAGGCCUACCUGGGCAGAAUGAUAUCAUGAAGAUUGGUAUCAAUCGGGUGCACAUUUGUUUUGCAUACUCUGCCAUCACAUGUGCAGUACAGAAACCUGACAGAAACACUUCUAGCCUAACACAAAUGGACUGUGAGUGAAACUUAGCUGGGACAUGCUUUCAAUGGUGUUCUCCAACACCUGAAACCAAUAUAGUGGAUUAGGGGGGUACCCUGACUGGGACUCAAACCCUGGUCCCUGUGACUGUCAUUCCAAACCCAUUAUACUGUCACAAUACUCGCUGUAUGAGCCAUGAUACAAUUAAUACCAAGUGGGUUAACCCUAUUGGCACGAUGCAUAGGGUGUUUGCCUUUGACGCCAGUGACCGGAUUUCACUUCCUUGUCCUGUUGUUUGCUACAUUCGUGUCAAAAUUGGGAAUACAAAGAGGCUAAAAUAUCUUGGUGAAGCCGCUAGGUCUUGUACAAAAAAAAUGGUAUUAAUGAAUACAACUUUAUUUGUAAUUUUUAUUAUGAAUAUAUUUUUAUUCGCUGUCUGGCAUCAAAUUAAUCCAUUAUUCAGUUAAUUACACGUGUAUGGCCUUGGGGACAAUACAUGAUCCUACCAAGACACCGCAAUGCAAUGAUUUAAGCUCUACAAAGGCACAGUACAAGGACAGUCUGGCUGUGUUUUUACUUCUGAUACUGAUGCGCUGUCUGUUGCGGAUCAUCAUUCUCCCAGCAGGCCCACUUAUUCGGGAAAGCUUAAAGCGCGUUCUGCCUCCUUUCCGAUCUGAUCGGCUAUUCCUCGAACCUAACGCUUCAUUAUAGGCUAAAUAUUUGUCAUUUCAACUUUUAAAACGUAUUACCUUUUAUAUGUGGCAUAACCACAACCAGUCAACAAUGUUUUAAUCUGAUUAGUUUACUUCAAAAGUCUCCUGUAGGCUACCUGCGCAUGUUCAUCCACUCCGCUCUAAUAUAAUUCCAGCAUCCAAACUGCAACGGACAUUCGAUCUGUUACAAAACCACAACAAGUUUCAUGACAUUCGGAGAUUGUAAAGCCAAGCGAUCGACACUGAGUAGGAAGAGGUGUAUUUUCCGUUUGUGAAGGUUUACAUACUCUAUUUGAUUUUGGUGUUGAAAACGCAAUCCAUGAUGAAACGCUCAAAUUCGGCAAUCGGUAUGCAGUUAUUUGUUGCUUAUUGGUUGUGUGUGGUACAUUGGCAAAGAAACGUGUUAGUCUAACAUUUGUUGCAUAUAUUUGAUAUAAUUAGAAAUAUAGCAUCAAAAUGUUGAAAAUCGGAUUUCCCCCUAGCUGAUCAUUGUCUGCAGCCGCCUCUGAUCGUAGUGUAAUGAGUCAGCCAGCGAGAAGAGUGAGCUUGUGAACCCUCAACCUUCUGGCCAUAGCCCUGCGUGGCAUCGACUGUGCCACAAAACAUGCUGAAGUGGUCAAGUCGAUAUCCAUGUCUAUAAACACAGGGUUGCUACAGUUAUUGUUAUUUAUGGUGGUAAUCAUUAUUUUUGAGUACAUUUUCUGGGGGGGGGGGGUGCAAAUACAUUUUGAACUGUCCCUAAAAGCAUCGUAAUGAUCAGCUUACUUCACAGCACAUCAGCUCCAAGUGAUAGAGUAAUUCAGUGGUUAGUGUGCAGUAACGCUGCAUGGGUAAAAUCACUGCAGAGGCCAAGACAGAUUUUUCCCCCAUACUAUAACCUAUGCAUUGUGAUAAUUGCGACCGUGAUAUAUAGGCCUAAAGGCCGAGACAAUAAGAAGACACAGUGGCAGAAUAAAUUCAACCACACCUUCGUUUCAUCACAAACCGGAGAGCAAACUCUGUCCAGUGAAGUCCACAAAGCAUAUUGCACAUAACAAACCGUUAUAUGACCUAUAGCAUGGUCAAGUAAAUUCAUGUUUUCUGACAGUUUCGGACCACUAAACAACUAUUGAUUUAGAACCACGGAGAGUUGCCGCAAGUCGCAAAGAAAACAGGAGCUGCCUCCACUAUUCCAGCAACAUUACUGUGCCUGCUGCAGUAUAGUGAUUUUAUGACUUUGCUGCUUCUAAGUGACAGGACAGAGAGAGUUGAAGGUGAAGGGGAACAGAUUCCGUUUGACUCCUGGAAGAAGAAAAAACCUCCCUAAAGCCUUUAUUUAUCCAAAAGUGAAACCCAGGAGAAUUGACAGAUGCACAGAGCGGUUCCCUUUAUGUUAGAACUGACAGAGACAGUAGGUGUAAGAGAGAGACAGAGUCAGGCUUGGUAAGGCUUGUGGAAAGUACAUAAAGUAUGGUUGAGAGGAGAGCGAGAUGGAGGAACCACGUGAGAAACAACAGAAAGAGAAUCACGAGUCACAGGUUUUAGAGAGGGAGGAGAAGAGUUAUGUCCAGUAAAGAAACGGAAUACGGACCCAGAUGUAGCAGAUGCUGAUUAAUCUUCAUACCCCCUUGACCUUGAGCUAGACCAGUCAUGUCCUCAGAGGCAGCUAGGGGGCGCUGUGGCUAGGCCCCUCACCAGCACUGGCUAAAUGGUGUGUGAACAUGCAGUAUGUGGUGCCGUUUUUAUUUAACAGAUUGGCAUUGUACAUAAAAUAAUACGUGUUACUGGGUGUUGAGUUGGGAUUUUUGAAUUGCACACCUGGAACAUCCUGCCUAUUCCUUGACUGCAUGAUCAAACUAGAUGGUUGGUAACUCUAUUCUCAAUUCAACUAUUUUGCUUCCCCAACAACAUGCUCUGCCAAAUACAUACUGUUGUUAGAAGUUUGGGCAGCCUUUUUAGAAUAAAAUGCCCAAGUUAGAGGUUUUAUAUUUUUCAAAUGGUGAAUUAAGCACAUAAAGUUAUAGUUUUACAAUGUCUUAUGGAAAUGGAUGUAUUGUGGAGUAUUUUUGUUUUGAAUUAAUUUAACCAGAUGCUGCUUGCUGCUGCUUUUUUGUUUUUCGGCAUUUUAUGGUGCCUUCAGGACUAGCCAAGUGGUGUACAUAUGAAGCAAAAGUAAACUGUGUUUGAUAUAUAACAUUUGAAUGGGCGCCAUGUUGGAACCAAGUGUGACAAGACAAGACGAACAACACUCAAAUUUAGAUGCAAAUUACAAUGUUGUCGUGGAAUAUUGGGUUCAAACAUGGAGAAUAGUUUGCCAAACUCUGUGCUAUGGCUGUAAGAAGGUUUGUGAGAAGCAAAAUGGUCAGUGUGGACGAGGGAGCUUUUGGAUCGUGAGGAGUAGUUCUGACUCCGUCAAUCAGACAUGAUGCUUCAGCCUGACUAUGAGAACAUUGACACUAUUCUUAUGACCGAAGAACUGUUAAAUAAUUUAUUUUAGAAUGCAAGAGACAAAAUGAAGGUGCAAAAAUAGAGCAACGAUUAUUGUGACAAAAAGGAUUAAUAGUCCAGAGAAAGUAUAUCUUGUCUGCUGGUGGCAACAUCUACAACAUAAUUUACACAUAAAGGGAAAUAAUAAUACAGUAUUGUUAUCUGAACAUGGGCAGAUGUGUCAUCGUAUACAAACUUCAUGGACCCCCUUCACACCUGGUGGUAGAUUUCUAUUGGAAGAAUUUCAGAUAUGAUGAAUGUCUCCUUGUUUUGAUACAGCUUGUUGCCUUUUAUUCAAAUAUGCCCUGUCAAUAAACAUUGUCAUCCCCA